UUUCUAUGUUGACUCUCCCUAAGACUACAGUGUCGUGGUGCAAUUACCACUACUAAUCAGUCCCAUCUAGCAACCCAAUCAAAUCAUCUUGAGCCUCCCUUUCUAUCGCAGUUGUCAACUUCCCCCACAAGCCAACAUGCUCACUGCUGCCAUGUGGAGCGCUGCCAUUGGCCUAGCUUCCGUGCUUGCCACUGCCUCCCACAAAGUCAAGUCGCUGCCUCAUUACAACGACACCAAGCCCAUCAACUUUGAUCAGUAUGCCGGCCACAUUCCGCUGCCCAGCAACGGCCAAAACAUGUUUUACUGGCUCGUGGAGUCCGAGUCCAAUCCAUCCAUGGACCCGCUGGUGCUGUGGCUCAAUGGUGGCCCUGGCUGCUCGUCUCUCAAUGGCUUCUUUGUCGAGUUGGGUCCAUUUGUCGUCCAGAGUGACUUGAGCGUCAAACGCAAUCCGUACGCGUGGAACCGCAAGGCCAACAUGGUGUUCUUGGACUCCCCGGCGGGCGUCGGCUUUAGCCAGCCGCUUCUCAACGCGUCCGAGUACACCGACGACGUGACUACCGCUCGAUCGUACGAAUUUCUUGAGCAAUUUCUCGAGCUGUACCCUCAAUACAAGAACCGCGACUUUUACAUUACGGGCGAGAGCUACGCCGGUAUGUACAUUCCGUUCCUUGUGCACAAACUCGUCACAGACCCCGUGGAGAACCUCCACUUGACAGGGUUUGCCAUUGGCAACCCGUCCACGGACCAAAAACUUGACGACGGGUCGUACAUGGAUUACUACUACAGCCAUGGGCUCGUGUCUAUUGAAACAUACCGAGCGAUUCAAAACAACUGCCAACCGUCCGAGUUAUGGCUAUGCCAAGACGGACACCCUGGCUGCUCGGCUUUGUGUGCUACCACCUAUGCAGCCGCGGAACUAAGCAUCGACUUUGACGAGAUGACUCCGUACUACAUUUACGGCGACAUUUGCCUCCUUCAAGCCAACCAGACAAAAGCGCUCCAGCACCAGAAGAACCACAUGAUACGGCCGCUCACUCAUCGCGGCACCAUUGGGCCUUGUACCGAUACCUUCACGACCUUGUACUUGAACCAGCCCCAAGUAUUGGAUGCGAUUCACGCCAGCGGUGGCAACUCAUGGUCUGUCUGCAAUCGUAACGUGAGUCGGCGCUAUACGUUGAGCUUAUCCUCUCUGGACAAGUACCCCACGAUCCUUCAAGCUGGCUUGAAAGGUCUCAUCUACAGCGGCGAUGCCGACGCCAUUGUCAACUUUAUCGGCACCCAGCGCUGGCUAACGGACGAUGGGCUUAACCUGACCGUGGUGGAGAAGUGGCAGGCUUGGUUUGACCCAGAUAAUCAACUGGCGGGGUACACUGAACGGUACACCAACUUGACGUUUACGACGGUCAAGGGCGCGGGCCACAUGGUGCCUGCCACGAGACCGCUGCAUGCAUUGUACUUGUUCGAGUGUUUUGUGCACGGUCAAGUGGCGUGCGACUCGUUUGAGUACCCGAAAGACCCCACCGAGUACUUGAGUGGCGCCGACUUGACGGCCCCUACAACCAGCGGACAAGAGGAUGCCGCGGGAGUGGUGGUGUGGUGGUGGCUCGGGAUUGCGGCGGCUGUGGCGGUCGGUAUGGCUGUAGUCGUGGUGGUGCUCAAGAAGACUCAAAAAGACAAGAAGUUGCAGUACGUUCAACUCAACUCAGGGACGGCCAAACCAGUUUACUCGUAA